GCUCUGGAAAAUAGGGGUAAUAGUACAUGCUUCAAUAAAGUUGUAGUAAGGAGUAGGGAUAUGAUUUAUAAGGUGUCUGGCACAUAGAAAUUGCUCAAUAAAAUGGCAAAUGCCAUCAAAUACUUUUUGUAAUAAUAAUAACAAUAACAGCUUAGUCCUGUCAAACCUGGGCUUUACCAACCCAAUCACACUCAGCAAUUGCCAUUCAGCCUCCAACUGACAAGUUCAGUUCCAACAGCCAACCCAAGGCUGUUUGAGACCCUGCAAAUGGAUAAGGUCUGCAGUUCAUUUUCCUACCCCUAGCCUGGAAUGCCAUGUGCCCCAACCGAGCCUUGAGCCCAACAAAUGGCAAUCUGUCUCUGACCCCAGUCAUUCUUGUUCUUGGCUUUUGCACAAAUUUCUUGGCUUACACUCUACUUCCCUUUCCAGGACAAACUUUCUCCCGAGACCCACCCAUUUUGUUAGGGCUCAAACAUUCUCUUAGUUAUUUCUAGCCUCUCCUCGCUAUGCCAGUAACCAUAGCCGAUCCAGCAAUAUUGACCAACCCAAACCACAGCUACAAUUCUAACACCCACACUGCCUAGAUACUCCCAUGUAGCCCCCAUCGGUAAUCAGACCAAAUGCUGGCCAGCCUGGCCUUAUUUGAGCUGGAAUUUCCCUCUGGAGAGUAGGAUAUUGACUGCUGAAUGAAGCAUGCUGUGAGCUGGAUUAGACUUGAGGAAACAGCAUAGAGAUUAUUUGGAGAGAGAAGGAGGGAUAGGAUAUGUGGCAGGAUAUGUGAUGAAUCAGAGCCCCAUGCAUACUUUAUCUGCUUUCUCCCCAGCCCCCAUCUACUGCAAAGGUUCCAGAUGAUGACAAUAUCUAUGGCAAAGUCUUCCAAACACACGCAUGGCCUUGAAAAUAGGAUGCUGGACUCCUCGGUGGCAGAUGAAAUGACUGGACUGACCUUGAAACUCUGGGAGAAGAAACUGGAGCAAGAGCCUAAGCGUGUGGAAGGGGAUUCUGAGGACCCCCACCUGAGGCCAGGAAAUGAGGGCAGGCCGGACUGGAGUGCUCUGAGCAGGAAGAAAGAGUUUCCACAGAGCACCUUCCAGCACCUCCUGGAGGAGGUCUCCCAGGCCCAGGGGAACGGGUGUCAACAGAGGAGGAGCCCCCCCCACCACGGGCCUCUACCUGCGUCUCCCUGCCCCCACCAGGCCUGGAGCCACCAGGGAUUAUCCAACACUCUGUCCCCCAGCCUCUUGCCACCAUCACUAAACAGCUACCUCAGCAGCCACUCACCUCAUAGAUUCCCCUCUCCAGGUCUUCCCCACUCAAAGGUCAGGAAGUAUUAAGGAAGGUCUUCUGCCUCACUCAUUGAUUUCUAGGAAUUCCUUACCUAUUCUAACAUGGGCCUUUUUCAAUACGCAAAUUGCAAGUGUUAAGUCCUUUGGUGACCUGCUUUUCAGUCUCUUUGCGGUGUCUUUGGAUGAACACACGUCCUUAAUUUUAAUCAUUUUGUUUUUCAGGCUUUCCCCCCACCCCAAAAAAUUAGAAUUUUAAGUUUGUUAUAAGUUUAAUGUAUCAGAUUUCUAAGAAUUAUUUAAACACUUGGAAAGGUCUAUUGGUCAAAAGAUUUUUAAGGCUAAAGACCUAACCUGAAGUACAUUAAAUAUACAAAUGCAGUGUAAAGUAUUUGAAGAUAUUUGAUGAACAGAUCCAUAAAUAGAGCCAAAUAUUAGUCAAAGAGCCUUACAAGUGAUUGCAAAAAUGUGCUUGAUAUAUAAUAAAGUAAGAUUUGUAAGCUGAACUUCAAACCUUAAGGGUUUUGAAUCUGUAACUAUAAUAAAAUUAUUAACUUCAAAAGCUUAAACAAGCCUCUGCAUAGUCCUUUCUGCACUUAAAACAGCCCUUAAAGUGUGCUGAAAAAUUAACACUUAACACUUUCAUCAUCAGCCCUAAUUCCUUUGGUAGUUCCUCUUAUGACAUGAUUUACACACAUCUCAGAACUUCAGUUACUCCUCUGAACUGGAAUUUAUCUCUGUGUCUAUGGGUGCUUAUUCCAAAAAUUCACAUUGAUGCUUAUCAAUUUAACAUCUAAGAGGUACUUAGUAAUGUAAAAUCACUAAGAUUUCCUGAUGCAAGAAGUUCUAAAGUUGAGGUAAACUGUAAAAUAACUGAAAUUUUAAGAAGGCAGUCCAAAUUAAUCUGCUAAUUUAGAGCUUCUUUGUGGCCCAGAAACUAAGCUAUCCAUGUUGGCACUUUGCACAAUCAGCAUAAUGCAGUACCUUCUAGAAAAUAACCUGCCUCUAAUUCCCUGAAAUUGAAAUUUAGGGACCAUCAGCAGAAACUCCAGCUAGCACAACCUGACAAGAGGCUGCAGCAAUAAAACAUGACAUCUAUAGACAGUUUGAGAUAAUAUUUUCCCAAUUCUACAAUUAUUUUUAGCAUAGGAAAUAGUGCUAUUAGCUUUGAAUUAUUUUCUAGUAGUGGUA